UUCAUUCAAUUCGUAUUAGAGCACCGAGUGAGGUUGUCACUGCCAUUUCGACCAGAAAUUCUGCUAGAUAGUUGGAGCAAUUUGUUAAAACAUAGCACAAAUGGGUGAUUUGGGACCAGCUGAGUAUUUCCUGUGUGGGGGUGUUGGAGGAAUCUGCACGGUACUCGUGGGGCACCCCUUCGAUACCAUAAAGGUUCGUUUACAAACUAUGCCAAUACCAAAACCAGGUGAAGCAGCUUUAUAUGGUGGCACAUUCGAUUGUAUGAAAAAAACGGUUGCAAAUGAAGGGUUUCGAGGAUUUUACAAAGGGAUGGGAGCACCCUUAGCCGGUGUAGCACCAAUUUUUGCCAUAUCAUUUAUGGGCUAUCGAGUGGGAAAACAAAUUUUUGGCCCCACGGAUCCAACUCAAUUCACUUAUAUGAAUUAUUUCACCGCUGGGGCUUUUUCGGGGAUUUUCACCACCAGUAUUAUGGCACCUGGGGAAAGGAUUAAGUGCCUUUUGCAAAUUCAACAAGAUGCCAAGACUAAAACUUACGAUGGUCCCGUUGAUUGCGCAAAAAAACUUUACAAAGAAGGUGGUAUUAAAAGUAUUUAUCGUGGUUCUGGAGCUACUUUAUUAAGAGAUGUACCCGCAAGUGGCUUAUAUUUUCUGACAUACGAAGCGAUCAAGGAUUACCUUACCGAUAAUGGUAAAAAAGAUAUCACAAUCAGCGGAACGGUGUUUGCUGGGGGAUGUUCGGGAAUCGCUAAUUGGUUAAUUGGGAUGCCUUUCGAUGUUCUUAAAAGCCGUUUACAAACGGCCAAAGCGGGCGAAUUUCCCAAUGGAAUAAGGGAUGUUGCUAGGGAUUUAUUAAAGAACGAAGGACCUUUAGCACUUUACAAAGGCAUCGUUCCUGUUUUAAUGAGAGCAUUCCCCGCGAACGCCGCUUGUUUCCUCGGUUUCGAAAUGUGCAAGAAACUCUUACAAUAUGCAUUCCCCCAGGAGAGUUGAUAAAAAGUGUUUUUUUUUGUAACUUUUCUUUCGACGGUACAUGAAUAAUAUGUUAAAUAUUUUUAUACAGAGAAAUAUAUUAACGUUAAGAAAAACAAA